AUGUCUGCUCCCCUGCCCAUCAAGCUCUACAUGCACAGCGGUGCCGUUGGCGGCCCCAACCCGUACAAGGUCCUCAUCGUACUGCAUCAUCUUGAUAUCCCCUUUACAAAGGUGGCCACCGACGAUUCCAAGGCGGAGUGGUACGUCAAGGACAUCAACCCCAACGGCCGCAUCCCGGCCAUCGAGGAUCCCAACACUGGUCUUACGUUGUGGGAGAGCGGUGCCAUUAUCGAAUACCUUGUCGACGAGUAUGACAAGGGGGGCAAGAUCAGCGUGAAGAACGGCAAGGGAGCCUGGGAGGCAAAGCAGUAUCUUCAUUUCCAGAUGUCCGGGCAGGGCCCCUACUUUGGCCAAGCCGUCUGGUUCUACAGGUUCGGCGACAACAUGCCCGACGGCAAGAAACGCUACCUAGAGCAGGUUGAGCGCGUGAUGAUGGUCCUCAACAACAUCCUCGAGGGCAAGGAAUAUCUCGUCGAUGACAGACUAACGUAUGCCGACCUCGCAUUUGUACCGUGGAACAUGGUGGUGCAAAAAUGGCCCCUCUUGUCGGACCCUCUCUGGAAGCCGUACCAGAUUGAGGAGAAGUAUCCCAACUUUGUGAAGUGGCAAAACAAGCUUUGUGCGUUGGAUGCUGUCAAGAGGUCCUACGAGCCAUGA